GGAGGAGGUGCUUGUUAGUUAAUGGGGAGUGCCCGAUGGACCAAGAUGGCCUCAAAGUCUCCCUCUAAAAAUUGACACCAUAAAAUGAUAUUCUUGAAAAAAUCCCAUCUCGUAUUAAAGGUACUCAACCAAUCCUGGACAAGUUGCCACUUAGUUUGUGUUGGAUCAUUUAAGUCAUUAACAAGUUAAUGAAUGCAGUGUGGCCCAUUUUACAUAUCAAACAAUCUGAGCACAAGAGAAGCUUAGCUAGAGAGAGAAGGCUACUUGAAACAUGGACCAUUGAAGCUUUGUGAGUUACAAGCGUCUAUCAUUUGCAGCCUUUUCGAGUUUCGGAGUUUGGGGAAUCCAUAAGGUUUACUAGUUUGAUUCAAGCAUGUGUUGGGCGAUUCGUCUUUGUUGUCUCGUUGCUUUGGUUCGAGUUCUUGGUGUAGUAGCUUCGACGAAUAAUAUAGAUGAUUAUGUUGGUCUGAGGGCUUUGAUGGAUGGCUGGGAUAACUUUCCACCAAAUUGGGACGGCGCUGAUCCAUGUGGAAGUGGUUGGGAAGGGAUCAGCUGCAACAACGGUGGUCGCGUUGAUUCCAUCACUUUAGCAAGCAUAAAUAUAAGCGGUCAGCUAGCAUCAGACAUUGAUAAACUAUCUGACUUGAAGAUUUUGGAUCUUUCGUAUAACACAGGCAUCACCGGAGAGCUUCCUUCAUCAAUAGGAAAUUUGAAGAACUUGACCAGCUUAAUCGUCGUUGGUUGUGGAUUUAGCGGCCAGAUACCACCCUCAAUCGGAUCUCUACAAAAGCUGGUUUACCUGUCCCUCAACUUGAACAACUUCAUUGGUGAGAUCCCGGCUUCCAUUGGUAAUUUGUCGAAUCUUUUUUGGCUUGACAUAGCUGAUAACAAGCUCACCGGAAGCAUCCCCGUCUCCAAGGGAAGCACGCCAGGCCUUGAUAUGCUUGUUUCUGCAAAGCACUUCCAUUUUGGAGGGAAUCAGUUGUCUGGUCAAAUACCACCUCAGCUAUUCAGCUCAAAGCUACCUCUUAAACAUUUGCUUCUCGAAAACAAUCGGCUUACUGGCAGCAUUCCCUCCUCAUUGGGGCUAGUACAGACUUUGGAGGUUAUACGGCUUGACAAGAACUUGUUAAGUGGAGCUGUUCCAGACAACCUCAACAACCUCAGCAACAUCCAAGAGCUGUACUUGGCAAACAAUAAGCUGACAGGACCUUUGCCCAACCUUACCGCCAUGCAUUCCCUCAACUACGUGGACUUAAGCAAUAAUACUUUCGAAGAAACGGAUGUUCCACCGUGGUUCUUAUCUCUGCAGUCCUUGACUUCACUGAUAAUGGAGAACACACACAUUAAAGGGGAACUGCCUGUUUCCUUGUUUAGCCUUGCUCAGCUGCAAACUGUCGUAUUGAGGAAAAAUCAUAUAAACGGCACGUUGAAUAUUGGCUCCAACCUCAACGACCAACUGAAGUUGAUUGAUCUGCAAAACAACUUCAUUGAUGCAUUCUCUCCAAGAGCUGGUUAUACUGCUGAAAUAAUUCUUGUUGGAAAUCCAAUAUGUAAUGAAGGAAUCACAGAGGAAUACUGCACCGUCUCUCAAAACCGGUCUGAUGACACAUACGAGUUGCCAAAUAAAGACUGCCCAGCUGAUUUAAAAUGUAGCAAUGGUGAGAUUUUAAGUCCAACCUGCAAAUGUGCAUAUCCUUACUCGGGAAGCUUGAGAUUUCGGGCGCCUUCCUUCUCUGACUACGGAAGCACAAGUACGUACGAAUCACUUGAAGCAGCACUGAUUGAAUCAUUCAAGUUACAUGAGCAGCCCGUGGAUUCAGUAUCAAUAUUGGUUAAUCCAAUGAAGAAUGCCGUUGGCUAUCUUGUGUUGGGUCUUCACAUCUUCCCCUCCGAUCAGCCUUACUUCACCCGGACAGGGAUUGUUGAAAUAGGAUUCAUGCUAAGCAAUCAAACUUUCAAGCCUCCACAUGAGUUUGGACCCUUUUUUUUCAAGGGAGAUGUAUACCAAUACUUUCCAGACCUCAUUGGAGAUAAGCACAAAUCAAGUCUAAGCAAGGAGGUUAUCAUUGGAGCCGCGGUUGGUGCAUGCCUUCUGCUUCUGUUGCUGGUGGUGGCCGGAGUUUAUGCAUUCCGUCAGAAGAAAAUAGCCAAAACAGCUUCCAAAAGGAGUGAUCCGUUUGGAUCAUGGGACCCCAACUCAGACAGCGGUGGAGUUCCGCAGUUGAAAGGAGGCAGAAGCUUCACGUUCGAGGAAAUCAAGAAAUGCACCAACAACUUCUCUACAACGAAUGAGAUUGGAAGUGGUGGCUAUGGAAAGGUAUACAGAGGAACACUUGUGAAUGGACAGCUAGUUGCAAUAAAAAGAGCUCAGCAAGGGUCAACACAGGGGGCAAUGGAGUUCAAGACUGAGAUUGAGCUUCUCUCAAGGGUUCAUCACAAAAACGUCGUAGGUUUAGUCGGUUUUUGUUUCGACAAAGGUGAACAGAUGUUGAUCUACGAGUAUGUCACCAACGGCACGUUGAAGGAUAGUCUCACCGGGAAAACGGGGAUCAGGUUGGACUGGAGUAGAAGGCUGAGAAUAGCUCUUGGAGCAGGCAGAGGGGUGCAUUAUUUGCAUGAGCAAGCAAACCCUCCCAUCAUACAUAGGGAUAUUAAAUCAAACAAUAUCUUAUUGGAUGAACGUUUGAACGCCAAAGUAGCAGAUUUUGGUCUCUCUAAGUCUAAGCCAAUGUCUGAACAGGACAAGAGUCAUCUCACCACUCAAGUUAAAGGCACAAUGGGCUACUUGGACCCCGAAUACUACAUGACGCAGCAGUUGACUGAGAAGAGCGACGUGUACAGCUUUGGAGUGGUGAUGCUGGAGCUUCUGACAUCGAGAACCCCUAUCAUGAAGGGAAAAUACGUGGUGAGGGAGGUCAAGGAGGCGCUCGACAAGAGCAAGAAUUUGUACAACCUCGAGCCCGUCCUGGACCCAAUAGUGGCGUCCAACGUGGCGCCCGGGAGCGUGGAGAGGUUCGUUGAUGUGGCGCUGAGGUGUGUCCAGGAAUCGGGCGUUAAUAGGCCGAACAUGAGUGAGGUGGUGAAGGAGAUCGAGAACAUCAUGGAUAUUGCAGGAUUGAAUCCUAGUAAUGAAUCUGCAUCAACAUCAGACAAUUAUGAAGGAAUCAGUAAAGGAUCCAAGGAUCCUUAUGCUAAUGAAAGCCUGUUUUCAUACAGUGGGGAUUAUUCUCCGGCCAAGUCGGAAUCCAAGUAGGGGAAACAGACAUAUAUGUGUGUAUAUUUCCCCCUUCAUGUAUUUACACGUUAGAGCUAAGAAGGAUUCUUCUUGUUGUAAAUGGAGAUGAAAUUGUUCAGAUGUUUGUGGAGCUUUAUUUUUCAGAACGAUUUGAUUUUUUUUU